AUGACACCUCCGGCCGCUGGUACAGCAGCAGUUGCUGCUCCUGUUCCGAAUUUGCCACCACCGUCAUGCAUGAACGUCAAUGCAGCUGAUCUAUAUACCGAAUACAAGCUGUGGAUGGAAGGAUACGAAAACUAUGAGAUAGCCAGUGGUCUAAUCAACGCCGACGACAAAGUAAGGAGGGCGACGCUGCUUCACUGCAUUGGACCAGAAGUCAGAAGAAUCCUGUCGAACAUUCCUGGAGAAAGGACGAAGUACAAGGAAACCAAAAAGGCACUGGACGAAUACUACACGCCCAAAAAGAACAUCGUUCUUGAGCGACACAAGUUUAGAAACCGAGAACAGCGACCGGAUGAGCCUGUAAGUGCAUUUGUAAACGCACUUCGAGAACUGGCAAAAUCUUGUAAUUUCGGUUCGCUUGAAGACGAAAUGAUAAGAGAUCAACUUGUGGAGAAAUGUUCGUCCAAGGCGCUUCAGGACAGGCUCCUUACUGCAGAAGAUUUAACUCUAAAGAGUGCACUUGAAAUCGCCCAACGCCAUGAAACAGCCGUUGUUGACAGCAAGACACUGACGCAGGAAACACCGGUGCAGCACGUCAAAACGCACAAGAAACGGUACGGAAACGGUCACAAGAAGAAGAAAGAACAGAGCCACAACCAAUGCUACCGCUGCGGUGGAGUAAAUCAUACUGACGAUGAAUGUGGUGCAAAGUCACUGAAAUGCCAUAAGUGCAAUGAUAUUGGACAUUUGGCCAGAAUGUGUGAACUAGUGACAAAGAAAAAGCUCCAGAAGAAGGGCAACAAUCCGCCCGCUGCUCCCAAGUCUCGCAAGGUUCACCAAGUUGAGGCACAACUCAGCGAAGAUGACGAUGAUGAAGACUCGUCCUACACAUACUUUGUGGGUGGAUCCUGCCACGAAACUGUGAUGGUAGAUAGUAAGCCAGUAAAGGUCGUCAUAGAUACUGGAACGAAGCACAACUUGAUGCCAGAGAAACUGUUUCGUCGGUUGUACAAGAACCACAAAGAACUGUUUGACACAAAAAUGAAGUUUUACGCCUACGGACAGGAGAAGCCUCUACAAUGCACAGGAUAUUUCAUGUCUCGUAUAACAUGGAAUGACAAGACAGAAGUCCACAAGAUUUACGUCAUUAAGGAGUGCGGAGAGUUCUUGUUCGGAAGCAAGUCUUCAUUUGAACUGGGCAUUUUGCUGAAACCCAGCACAGUUCAAGCAGUUAAAGCACACACAGUGCCGACAUCUGAAAGUACAAGGGUGCAGCCUAUUCAAAAGCUGGUUCAAGACAACGAGAACCUUUUCCAAGGCCUUGGCACCAUAAAGAACUACCACCAUGUGGUUACUGUAGACAAGACAGUUGCACCCGUUGCACAGCGUCUGAGAAGAAUCCCUUAUGCUCUGAAAGAGGCAGUGAGCCAGGAGAUAGAGAAUAUGCUCGAACUUGGCAUUAUUGAGGAAUCCAAAGAAGGCUCACCAUGGGUUUCAAACAUUCUGGUGGUACCCAAAGAAAACACGGAGGAAAUACGACUGUGUGUCGAUUUAAGAGAAGUCAACAAGUGCGUCAUUCGUCAAAGACACCCCGUGCCAACAAUUGACGGUCUACUUGGAGAAAUGAAUGGAGCCAAAGUGUUUGCGAAACUGGAUUUGAAGAGAGGAUUUUGGCAAGUUGAGAUUGCACCUGAGUCAAGAUAUCUAACUACAUUUAUUACUCAUCAUGGAUGUUACCAAUUCAGGAAAGUUCCAUUUGGACUAUCCAGUGCACCAGAAGCCUUCCAGCAGGCAAUGGACAUGAUUCUGCGUGGGCUGGAUGGCGUUGUGUGGUACUUAGAUGAUAUCAUUGUGCAUGGAACUAAUGACGACGAGCUCACACAAAGGCUAAAGAAUGUCUUUGCUCGUUUUCAAGAAUAUGGUGUGAAACUGAACAAAAGAAAAUGCUUGUUUGGAGUACCCAGCGUAAACAUCUUGGGACAUGUUGUCUCAAAAGAUGGCAUUAAGCCAGACCCGCAGAAGAUACAAGCCAUAGUGGACGCUCCCCAGCCUAAGAAUGUUGAUGAGCUGAAAUCGUUUCUGGGAACGUGCAACUUUGUGAGAAAAUUUGUUCCUGGUUAUGCUAUGUUAGCCGAGCCACUGCAUAACUUGACAAAGAAGUCAGUGCCGUGGGAGUGGACUGAAACCGUUGACCAGGCAUUCGAACAUUUGAAACUCAAGCUAGCAGAGCAACCUUGUUUGGCUUUCUACGACUUGGAGGCCGAAACUGAAGUAAUCACUGACGCGAGCCCUGUUGGAAUAGGAGGAAUCCUCAUGCAACGUCAGAAGGAUGGUUCUAUGAAACCAAUUGCAUAUGCUAGCAGGUCACUGACGGACACGGAAAGGAGGUAUUCCCAAAUUGAAAGAGAAGCCCUUGGAUGUGUGUGGGCUAUAGAGCAUUUUCACAUCUAUCUGUGGGGACGAUCGUUUAUCCUAACUACAGAUCACAAGCCCCUGAUCUAUAUGCUGAACUCUGAAAAAGCAGUCAACCUUCCACCAAGGGUACGUCGAUUGAGUUGGCGACUUCUGCCGUACUCGUACAAGAUACAGUUUAUCAAAGGCCAAGAGAACAUAGCGGACAUGCUGUCACGUUUGCCUCUACCAGGCAUGCAAGGAAGUACGUAUGCAGAAGAAUACGUCAGCCGAAUUUGUUCAACUCAGAGUGAAGAACUCAAAGCAGUCACACUGCAAGAGCUCCAAAAGGCAUCCUGCGACGACAAAGAAAUCAAGAUAAUUCAAAGAGUAGUAAUAACAGGAAAAUGGCCUGUGCAGAGUUCCUCUGAGAUCUUGCAUUUCAAGAAACUUGCAGAUGAACUUUCGGUAUUCGAAAAUUUGCUGUUGCGUGGAGAGCGAGUGGUCGUGCCACGAAAACUUCGAAAGAGAGUGCUUCAAGUUGCUCAUGAAGUACACCAAGGCAUAGUUCGCACAAAACAAAUUCUCCGACAACGCUUCUACUGGACAAACAUGGACUCUGAUGUGCAGGAGCUGCUUCGCAGUUGUACUGCUUGCACACUGAAUCAGCCAUUGAAAGCUGAUUAUCCCUUUCAAACAGUAGAACUUCCCCCUGAGCCCUGGACAAAGCUGGGAAUGGACUUAGUUGGUCCCAUUGGAUCAGAUUUCAUCCUCACUGUAAUCGACUAUUACUCUUCUUUUCCAGAAGCAUUUGUUAUGAGAGACACUUCGUCUUCUAGCAUCAAGGUGCGGUUGCGCACACUGUUUUCUAGGAUGGGGUAUCCGUCUGAAAUUGUAACUGACAAUGGAAGACAGUUUAUCAGCCACGAAAUGGAAGAGUUUUUCUCCUGCUGCGGUAUUAAGCAUAUCCGAUGUUCACCUUAUUAUCCACAGAGCAACGGUAAGAUAGAGCGAUUCCACCGAUACCUAAAGAAACAACUAAGCUGCGCUACUGCAGAGAACAAGGAUUGGAAGACAGCUCUCUGA